UUUUUUGUGGGACAGGAAGUCUAUUGUGUCGGGGGACAUUUUAUGGCGACGGACACAACAAAACAGAAGCACGCACAGGAAUAAGCUAACUUCCGACUUUUUCAGAUACUAGUUCAUUUUUCUGCGUUAUUUUACGUGGUAAAGAAUUUUAUUUUUACUUUAAGCUUACAUUUUAUAAGAAAUGUAAAAAAAAUGUUGCCAUAUUUUUUUUUUAUAAACCGUUAGUUGACCUUGCUAGUGCCAUGUCAUGAGUGUCUUGAGUUAACUUAUUGUUGGCGGCUGAAUAUUUUUUCUGAGGCACUUGCGUAAACAGAGCCAAGUUAGAGUUACUGAUAAUUUCAAAUAACUAAUGGUGAAAUGUUGCUGUGUCAUCUUUAAGGAAAACUUGUAUUUCUGUGGAGCAGUAUGUCUGCCCUCAUGUCAGGGGAGGUCAUGAGGUUGACCCUGCGCUUUUGUCGCUCCACGUUGUUAUGGCAACAGAGGGGUUUCCUGGCAACUGCGUUCUGUAAAGAUGCAUCAUUUUAUAAGCGGCAGACUAAAAGCUCUUGGGCCUCCUUGGACAUUGGUAGAACUGUCAGGUUCUACUGUCGUGAUGGUGGCCAGAGCAGGGAGUUGGAGAAAAUCCAAAGUUUCUCAUCUGAGGAGGCGUCCUCUCCAUCCUCGAAUCAGAGGCACAGGGGGGCUCAUUUCCACGGGCUCCUGCAGCGCUGCAGCUCCCCGUCAGACGUGUUGGACCUCACCUGUCAGUACGCCCCCACGAUCCGGCAGGUCAGCAACUGCCUGACUCACAUGUGGUCGUGUGCCAAAAAGAUGUCGGAGGAGCAGCGGCGGUACGAGCUGCGGCUGAUGUUCCAGCAUCCAGCGUUUGACAGACUGCUCCAGCAAGCCAUGCGGUCUGCACCGCACAUGCUCCACAUCGACUUGGCCUACUCCCUGCUGAGCAUGGUCAGUCUGGGCGUUCCUGAGCGCAGUCGUGUGGUCCAGACUUUGCUGCGCACCUGCCAGGAAAAGCUCAACGACUUCGAUGAGAAGAGCUUGUCCAUUUUGGCCUCCAGUUUGGAGCAGAUGAACAGCAGUCCCAACGUUGAAGCGCUAAAGGAAGGCAUGAGGUUGGUCGUGGAAGUUCAGCUUCCGCACAUCAAGAAUGUGGUUGCUCUGCAGAGUAUGAUGCGCCUGCUGGGAAAAGAUGCCCCCAAAGAGCUCAAAUUAAAGCUGGAGCGGAAAGCCUUAUCAGUGGCAGAUCAGUUCAGCCUUCCCAACGCCCAGCACAUGAUCUGCACCAUGGCUGCCAUGGAAUUCUACUCCAAACCGCUCCUGCAGCUCUGCAGCAAGAAAAUCCUGAACAACCUUCACGGCAUCCCGUUCAACCGAUUCUACCAGGUUCUCCUGUCCUGUAAGAAGCUUUCCUACAGAGAUACCGCUCUCCUGACGGGGAUUUCCGACUACGUCGCCUCCACUGUGGAAAUAUGGAGCAACAAGCAGUUGCUCCUCCUACUGACUGUGUUUGAGGACCUCACCUUCACCCCGGCGGCCCUCAUGGAGGCCUACGCAGAGAAGGUGAUCGCCCACCCGGACGCCCUGACUCUCAGAGACCUGCUGUGUGUGGUCAAGGUGUACUCCUACCUGAACUUUGACCUGCAGCACCGCAGACAACAGUUUCUGGAGAGCGUCAGCCGUGCGCUGGACUCGUAUCUGCCCCGCAUGUCAGAGGUGGAGCUGUUAAAGUCUGCGUACUGUCUGUGUCUGAUGGGUCACUUCCCGCCGGCGCUCCUGGAGCAGCUCCUGCAGAGGAGCGCGGCUGAGCGGCCUUCAGACUCAAAGUUACUCAGGGGCCUGGAGAAAAUGUUUCAGAUGGUGGAGCUGUGCCUUCGUCUCGACCGUCCUCCUCUUCCUCAACCCCUCUCUGUCCCUGCGCCCCUCCUGGGAGACCCCGACCCCAGUCCGGAGGUGAACCCGCGGCUCUCCCUCUGCUUGAGGAACGUGCUGGGGGGUCGGGCUGACGCCAAGCUGCAGGAGAUGGUGGUUUUGGAGAACUUUUACACCAUAGACGCUGUGAUAACCACUUCCCUGCUGAAUCAGGCCCCUGGAGGCCUCGCCGGAGAGCAGAGUUCUCAAGCAGAGGGCACUCAAAGAGUCGCUGUCAUUUACGUGCCUUAUUCUAGUUUUUGCUUCGGUACGUCCCGCCCCCGCGGCCUCCUCGCCGUCAAGAUCCGUCACCUGAGGAUUCUGGGAUACACUCCUGUCCUGGUCACGGAGCAGGAUCUACAGCGUGACGAGGAGGCGAUCCACCUCCUCAGAAGCCAGAUUUUCUCAGAAACAGAACCUAAAGACGGCUGAACCCCUUUAGAUGUUGUUAUUUUGGUGUUAAAUUAACGAGGAAACACAUUAAAGGACGUUUGAAUGUCAUUUUCUUAA